CAUUAGUCUAUCUACUAGCAUUAUAUCCGUGCAACAUAUGUAAGAAGAGAGAGUAAUUGAGGGAGGGAAAAGUGGGAAACUAUAUAUAUUGGACUCAUUCAUUAUUAUUCAUAGAUUGUCUCUUUGUCAUCAUUGAUUUAAUUCGUUUCGAUAUUGCCAUGCAUCAAUUGAGUUUCGUGUAAUGUAAUGUAACAAGAAAACAUAUAUAUGUAGAUGAAAGUGAAGAGGAAAUGGAAAGGUUAGUACAAGGUGGAAUUGGUACGAGGAAUAUUAGGCUUGGGAUUGGAGGAAGGUAUGUGUAUGAGGGAAUCCCAUGGUGGGUUGGAGGAGCCAAACGUGUAGGCACAGCAAAGAAGCCAACGGCAACAAAGCAUGCCUUCAAAUUGGAUUGCGAGUAUGUCAAGAAAAACAACCCAGGCGGUGGUCGACGUCGUGGUCGUGGUGUUGGUGUGGCAUUCAAAGCGGCAAUUGCUGAACCAAAGGCUCCAAUACCUACUACUUACGAGGAUCCAAUGCUUGCAAAUUAUGUACCAGUAUAUGUCAUGCUCCCACUAGGAGUUGUUACAAACGACAAUGUCUUAGAAGACAGAGAAGGACUUGAGCAACAGCUGAAGGAGCUUCAUGCUGCAGGUGUUGAUGGUGUUAUGGUUGAUGUGUGGUGGGGCAUUGUGGAAUCAAAGGGGCCUCAGGAGUAUGAUUGGUCAGCAUAUAGAGACUUGUUUCAACUUGUUCAACAUUGCAAGCUCAAGUUACAGGCCAUAAUGUCAUUUCACCAGUGUGGUGGCAAUGUGGGAGAUUCCGUUUCCAUCCCAAUCCCUAAAUGGGUCCUUGAAAUCGGAGUAUCAGACCCUGAUAUCUUCUACACCAACCCCAAUGGCAUAAGGAACAAGGAAUGUUUGUCUAUUGGGGUUGACAAUAGGCCUUUAUUCCAUGGCAGAACUGCUAUUGAGAUGUAUAGUGAUUACAUGAAGAGCUUCAGAGAGAACAUGGAAGAUUUUUUAGAAUCUGAGCUGAUGAUAGACGUUGAAGUUGGGCUUGGCCCUGCUGGAGAACUCAGAUAUCCCUCUUACUCAAGAAAUCUGGGGUGGGUAUUUCCUGGCAUUGGAGAAUUUCAGUGCUAUGACAAAUAUCUAAAAGCUGAUUUCAAAGAGGCUGCAACAAAAGCAGGCCAUCCUGAAUGGGAUCUUCCUGAUAAUGCUGGUGAAUCCAAUGACACACCUGAAUCAACAGAGUUUUUUAGAUCAAAUGGAACCUACACAACAGAGAAAGGGAAGUUUUUUCUUACAUGGUACUCAAAUAAGUUGCUGAUUCAUGGUGAUGAGAUCCUUGAUGAAGCCAACAAGGCAUUCUUAGGCUGCAAAUUGAAGUUAGCAGCAAAAGUAGCUGGAAUUCACUGGUGGUACAAAACAGAAAGCCAUGCAGCAGAGCUUACUUCAGGAUAUUACAACUUAAAAGAUAGAGAUGGAUACCGGCCUAUAGCGAGGAUGCUGUCUCGGCACGACGCUCUCUUCAAUUUCACAUGUCUUGAAAUGAGGAACUCUGAGCAAAGACCUGAUGCCAGAAGUGGUGCACAGGAACUUGUUCAGCAAGUUCUAAGUGGAGGGUGGAUGGAGAAGCUUGAAGUUGCAGGGGAAAAUGCGCUUGCAAGGUAUGAUCGUGCAGCUUACAACCAAAUCCUUCUGAAUGCUAGACCAAAUGGUGUCAACAAAAAGGGCCCUCCAAGACUAAGGAUGUAUGGAGUCACAUACCUCCGUUUGUCAGAUGAGUUAAUGGAGAAAACAAAUUUUGAUAUAUUCAAAACCUUUGUGAGAAAGAUGCAUGCUGAGCAGGAUUAUUGUCCAGAGCCAGAGAAGUACAACCAUUACAUGUAUCCUAUGGUGAGGUCAAAGGCAAAGAUACCAGUGGAGGGUCUUCUUGAAGCAACAAAGCCAGUGAAGCCAUAUACAUGGCAUAGAGAAACAGACAUGAGUGUUGGUGGUGUUAGUGGUGUACUUGCUGAUAUACUAGCCAUUAUCUUAUGUAUAUUUAAGCAGCGCCGAAACCAAGACUAAGGGGGAAUGAAAAGGGGAAAGAUAUUGUUUGUUGUGUUGAUAUUGAGAACUAGGAACAUGCAGUUGGAUCUGCUUUAAGAUUCUUGUAAAUCUGUCAAGUGCUAAGCACGACCAUAAAGGGAAUAAAUAACAUCAGAUUCAUAUAGCUAAGCAUAUAUGCCAAGUGAC